AUGUCUCCCAGCCGCAAGAAGCUCGCAAAGGCGCGGACCCACCCUUCGAAGCGCUCGAGCGAGAGUAAUGACUCGCCAAGGCGGCACCAGCGCUCCCAGUCUGACGUCCCCCAGACCCCACAUAGUCAGGAGAACCGCUGGAAGAGGAAAUCCAGGGACUCGCGUGGCCGUAGCAACUCCGUUCUCUCGCCAAAGAGGCGCCCGUUAAGAGAGCUGUCGCCUUCCGAGCGCAAUGGGCGUUCGCCGUCUCCUGAGCGCUGCGAGCAGCCUAUUUCCCCCUUGACUGUGACGGAAAUGGAGGAAGCUGCACAGAGCGCGAAGCAGCGGGAGCAGGAAUCGUCGUUUAUGGAAAGACCGGAUAGAGGCACGCCGUCGGGAACCUAUUUUAAGUCACCCUUCCCUACCCAUCCCUCGCAAGUAUUGCUGCCAAGCCCCAUUACCCCGAGCUUUUUCAUUACCUACGACGACGGUCCCGCCGACGACGACACUGAGGAGGACGAUAGCCCCGCUGAGGACAGCCCCGCCGAGGACGACCCCGCUGAAGACGACCCCGCUGAGGACGACAGCCCCGCCGAGGAAGAAGAGGAGGACGAAGAGGAAAUUUACCAGCCGCACGAGCUGUCUGCUGGCACGUCGGACGCCCCGGAAUUCUUCAAAGAACUCGCGGUCGAGCCCAUAUCUGCGGGAAGCAAGCGCAAUUCCAUCGACUCCACUACGUCAUCCAUCGAGGAUGAGGAUGAAUUGCCGUAUCCGAUUUCCAAUCCAAGGCCGUCCAGUGAUCUCUAUGGCUCCGUCAAUUCGCGCAGUUCAAUGAUGCAGUCCACCAUCCGGUCCAUUCCUCCCUCAGAGGCCGACCCUUCGGCGACUUCGGUGCGCUCAUCAGCAUCUUCAGAGACAUUUUCGACGCGCCAUCAUGACGACCGGAAAUCUACGGGCAGCAACUGGACAGUCCACGCUCCUAUGACUGCGUCAACGCGCCCCACUUCCACCAACCCACGGACCCCUUCCCCUUUCGGACUUUGUGCAACGCCCACGCCUCUAUACGGCCCCCGCAGUCCCGGUGUUUCUAAAGACAAACGGCCUGUUUCAACAUUCGGUAACCCUCUGUCGCCUUACCUGGAAGAUGAUGCUGUCAUGCGCCCGGUGUCCGCGAGCGAUGCAUAUUCAGGGAAGGUGUCUAAUUUUGGCUCCAGAGAUGAGCUCCUGGCCGACCUUACCCCUCCUACAAUCUUCACUCCAUCUCGGAACUCAACAGCCACCAAAGCUUAUCAGGCAACAUCGGAUCCCGACGAACACUACCAAGAAGUUCGUAGCCUAUCUCGCAGUGUUUCUGGAAUGUCGUCUGCUACCGCCGAUGAGAGCGAACCCAGGGCUCUCAGGAUGCCAAAGAGGGUUGCGCGGCCUAAUGAGCGCCAAAAUUGGACUGCACAGCUUUCAUCUACUUCAGCUCAGGCCGAACCGAUCCACCACCUGCCUCCAAUUCCUUCGGCGCCACAUAGCCCUCCCCCGACAGAAUUCAGCUCCCGUGAUACCGCCAGCGCAUCUCUCGUGUCUCUCCCGACCAUGCAAAUCGAAGGUAGCUCGCCGUCAUCGAGACCGGACAGCCAAGACAGAGGCGAGGAAUCUUCGGCUGCAGCAGCUGCACGACCCCGGCUCAGGAACCCAUGGCAAUCGAUGGACUCGUCGGCUUUCUUCAACAUCAUGUGCGGUCGAGAUUCUGAGACUGGUGAAGACUCGGCAGCGAAUUCGCGGCCUGCGACGAAAGCAAGCAGAUCAAGCAGUGUCGGAACCGUCCUCUACGUUGCGAAGGGACUUCCUAGAUGGGCUAGGUCGUUUUACUCGAAUGGCGACACGAGUGUGAUCGGCUCUUCACGUCCCUCCACGCGGUCUAAGCCAUCACAGAGUUCUCUCCGCCGCGCCAACACCCACAGCAGCGGUAGCGGCGAUAGGCGGAACAACCGUCACGAGAGCCGAACGGCCAGCAGCUCGCGGCCCACUAACACGGCGCCGACAGAGAGCCCAGCAUCGUCGCAGUUCAGCAUCGCCAGCAUCCAACGCCCGCGCAACCGGCCUCGCAGCACCAUCAUCAGCGAAAACUGGACGCCCUCGCCGAACCUGCCCGCGCAGGCGACCGACGACGAAUACGAAGACUCGUACAACCCCCCCUAUUCGUCCAGUUCGUCUUCGGACGAUGCCGCCAACGACUCGGACUCCAACUUCGACAUGUACUCGGCCGGCAUCGAGCCGCACGCCCCCAGCACCGCCAACACGAACACGACCGGGACCGGCGGACCGGCGUCGCGCCACCAGCACCACCAUCACAACCCGUACCAGCCGCAGCUCCGCAACAUCUCGGAUGUCCCCACGGCGGCCGACGACUCCCCGCACGGCACCCAGCGCCGCUUCCCGUCGCGCGUGUGGCAGCACUUCUCUGGCCAACUGCGCUACUUCGGCCCCGCCGGUACCCAGAGCCACGAGACGCCUCGCCUGCACCGCGAGAAGAGCUACGCCGCCAGCAACAAGUCGUUCCGGUAUCUCCGUCCCAGCAGCUGGAUCUGCGGCGAUAGCAGCAACAUCGACAAUCCGAACCGGCCUGCCGCCGACCGUCAGAUGUGGCUGUUUUGCCUCGGCUUCUUGCUGCCGUUCGCGUGGAUGCUGGCGGCGCUGCUGCCCGUGCCGGAGAAGAAGAAGCGUGGGUUUGGAGAGCGGUUUUACAGUCGACAUGGUGAGGAAGAAGACGAUGGAGGCAGUCGCGAGGGUGGCGAGCAGCAGAUUAGGGUCGAGAAGCGCAGGCAGCGGCGGGAGCAGCAGCGGAAUCAGAGCCGCGCUGUGGAGGCGGAAGAUGGUACCGGCGGUGUUGUGGAUAUCGAGGCGCAGAUGGAGGCGGCGCAGUUGGGCGCGCUGGCGGAGAGGGAGCGCGUGCGGGCGAUUUGGUGGCGUAGGUUGAAUAGGCGGAUGAGCGUCGUCGGCGUGGCGAUUAUCGUCGUUGUGGUUGUUGUGGUGGCGGUGACGAUGACAGUUUGA